AUGCAUUUUACAGUAUCAAACCAAAACUAUUGGUAUCCACCCACCGUUUCCUCGAACGUUGACGGUCUUAUCGCUGCAGUGAACAAUAUUACUACAAUGGCCUGUCCAGGGCCAAAUGGAUGUUCAGCAAGUCAGAAUAUCAAACGUUCUUUUGCAAAUAACUGUCCACGUCCAAUUAUGGCAACUCUAAAAAAUGUGCUGGCUAUGCCAGAUCUCGCUAUCCCCAACUCUGUCAUCCUCGUUGUCACACGCUCUUCACCGGAAGACUAUAGUCUUGUCAACGGCAUGAUUCAACAAUUGACUGAGAGUAGAGCUCAAGUAAGUCUGAACUUACCAAAGUUGAAUUUCUGCAACACCUUUAUCCAGGUUAACUUUGUGCUUACUGGCACAUCAUCACCAUGUGGUGAAGGAUGGAAUACCCCAUCAUCAAACGCUUUCUUCACUGCUACCAGCUAUAGUGAUGGAGAUGUUUUUAUGUCUCCCACUGAUUUUACUGUAAACUUCCUGCAACAGUAUGUUCCAUCUUUGUACCGAUCGGGUGGUCUCGAUGUCGGCGGCACACCUAACUGCAACUACGACGAGUUUUUGUUCCAGGUACAUUUGGAACUUUGGAUAUUGUUGUGA